AUGAGGAAAACCUCCGAGGAUUGUCUCACUUUGUCUCCAGACUGGAAAGUAGAAGAUGAGGACAUCACACAGUAUAGUCCAGGAGAAAACCCGGCUCCCUCCAAUGUCCAUCCGGUACCACCUAGUGUAGAUGGACCAUUGGAUUCCUCGUAUCCUGAGGAACCUCAGACUGUGCGGGACCGGGCCGGCCUUCCAACAAGGAAGAGCUUCUCUUGUACUGAGUGCGGGAAAUGUUUCCAUUUAAAUCCCGUCUUAACACCCAUACAAGAUCUCACACAGGGGAGAAGCCUCAUUCUUGUGCUGAGUGUGGGAAAUGUUUUUGACUCCAAAUCACAUCUUAAUGUCCAUAAAAGAUGUCACACAGUGGAAAAGCCACAUUCCUGUUCUGAGUGCGGGAAAUGUUUCCGUUUUAAACAUAAUCUUAAUGUGCACAAAAGAGCUCACACAGUACAUCAUACAACAUACCACACGGGCGAGAAGCCAUAUUCCUGUCCUGAGUGCGAGAAAUAUUUUGUACAAAAAUCACAUCUUGUCACACAUCUGAGAGUUCACACAGGAGAAAAACCGUAUACCUGUUCCGAGUGCGGAAAAUGUUUUUCAGACAAGUCCUUUUAUCACAAACAUCAAAAACUGCACACGGGGGAAAAACCAUAUUCCUGUCCUGAGUGUGGGAAAUGUUUUGUAGAAAAAUCAAAACUUGUCAGACAUCAGAAGUCUCAUGCAGUUGAAAAGCCAUAUUCCUGUCCUGAGUGCGGGACAUCUUUUUCAGAGAAGUCCAGUCUUUGCAGACAUCAGAGAUCUCACACAAGGGGGAGAAGCCAUUUUCCUGUCCUGAGUGCGGGAAAUGUUUUUCACAUAAGUCCAGUCUUUACACACAUCAGAGAUUGCACACAGGUGAGAAGCCAUAUUCUUGUCCUGAGUGUGGGAAAUGUUUUGUAG